AUGAGAAUUCAAAUGUGGCGGGCUGCGCCCGAUCAAUCAUAUAGACUAUUCCGUUACACUCCACAGAUUCCACAUUCCACGUACACUCCGAUCCUCGGCCAUUCUCGAUCGCCGAUUCUCGGCCGCCACCCCGAUCAAUCAUAUAGACUAUUCCGUUACACUCCACAGAUUCUACGUACGCUCCGAUCCUCGGCCAUUCUCGAUCGCCGAUCCUCGGCCGCUACGAACGCGCGUAUAUUCUUCCGCCCCGAAGCUCCACCGCGUACGCCACCACAUACGCGCAUAAAUAUCCACCUUGAUCACUGAUUCUCGCACUUUCUCUUUCUUUCCUUCUCUAACAUUUUUAUUUUUGUUAUAUAAGACCUAUCAAUAUUAUACCGAUCUAUUCGGCGUAGGCCUCUUACAUAGAAUCAUGUUUAAUGAGAAAAGAUAAAGAGCAGAGUAAGUUCAGAGAUAAUCAGCUUACAUAAUUGUUACAAAGAAAUAAUUAUCUUUGAUUACUUUUAUAAGUUAUUCACUACUAAAAAGUUCUUUCUAGUUUUUUAUUAAGUGUGAGAAGUUAUUAACUUUGAUCAAUUCUCUGAGUGAGAAUAAUAGUAUAUGAAACAUAAGUUAGCAUAAUUCAAAUUGUUUCAAAAACUAGAAACUGAUUUAAAAAACAGAGAUAUAUGAUAAUCUGAUAACUCAGGUUAAAAUGUUUGAUAAUACUGAUAUGAAUGAAAAUUCUGCUGCAGUUAUGAUACAAUAAUAAAAUAUUCUGAUAUUUUGAGAUCUAAUGAGUGAUGUUUCUGAAUAUCAGAAAAUUAUCAGAAAUGACUUUAUAAAGAUGAUUCAGAAUACUCUGACAGUUAAAAAGAGAUAUGCAGUGAAAGAUGCAUGAUAGAAGAUGUGAAAAAAGAUUAAAUUUUUAAAAAUACUUUCAGUAAAAGACAGAUAAUAUAGAGAUUUC